AUGGGUUCCAUAGCGCGGGAUGUCCAAUCCCAAUUGGAACUUUUAGCGGGCGACGUGUUCCACAUUCACCGGGUGGAGCAAUGGAUCAUCCUCACGAGUAACCAGUUCGACUUGCACCUCCCGGAUGAAACCGGCGGGCCGCCUUUCCAAAGCUUGCACGUGCUCUACAAUUGGCAGACCCAAGAAUUCGUGUGUCGGACCAUGGGACGAUGUUUGGAACGAGGAUCCUUUGACUCCUUGGAUCAGUUGGCCCAGUUCGCCCAAGACACGUUCCAAGGCAAAUCGGCUUGCAUUGGAAGUGGGGAUUUUCCGGCCAGCUCAGUUUUCUCUGAGGGGUGUGCCAAAUACAUCACCUCAAGUGUUCCCCAUUCACCGAUUCGAAACAGCCAAGAUUGCAAACCCUACCUCAAUGUCUUUCGAUGUGAUAGUUGUCAGACCGAGGCGGAAAAAGGUCAAUCCUCCUGGAUGGCCCAACGGCAGACCGAUGGAAGCCGUGGUGAAUUUGGACCGGACCAGUUGGACCUGACCAGUUUCCCUCAGCAAGAAAAAGAUUUGGACUCGGACGAUGAUCACCAAGUGCUGCUUUUCGAGGCCGAUGAUGAGGCUAAAAGUGAUGUCGACCUGGAUUUGUCUAUGCCUCAGAUCGAAAUUGGCGCUAAACGCGAGGCCGUCACCAUUGAGGUGGAUGAUGUGGUCGAUUACAUCAAGGAGGAACACGAUCUAACGGCCUCAAUUUUUCCUGUCAAUGAAGUUGGUUUACCCCAAAAGAGGCGGGGCAGGCCUCCCAAACGAAAAGCUCUUCUCGAGUCCGACCGAUCAGAGACGGAUAGUAGCGAUGUACCUUCCAGGAAGCAGCGGGGCCGACCCCCCAAACCAAAGAAUCCCAGUUACAAUGGUAGAUCCGAGAGGGACAGUGGUGAUGUACCUUCCAGGAAGCAGCGGGGCCGACCCCCCAAACCAAAGAAUCCCAUUUACAAUGGUAGAUCCGAGAGGGACAGUGGUGCUCCCCCUCGGGUCAAGAAGCGGGGUCGGCCCCCCAAUCCCCAAGCUCCACAGCCGUCCGGAUUGUCAGAAAACGAACAAGUCGACCCCGGCCGUCAAUUGGCCAAGCCCGUUCAAGUGUAUCCGAAGAAUUUGAAUAAUAAGCGGGACGCAGACGGGAAAUACAAAUGUGAAUAUUGCGAUCACAGGGUGACGACUCUCUCCGGCAAGCUUACCCAUAAGAAGCUCUACCACGGGUGGGGCCGUUUUGCUUGCGAUUCAUGUCCCUCGGUCUUCAAAGAAGCCUUGGUCUUCUGUCGUCAUAUCAUGGACACCCAUGUGGGCGUGUCAGAGGGCACGUGUCCACAAUGCCAACAACGGAUCAAUUUCGAUGUGGAUGAGCAAGUGUUCGAGGGCCAUUACAUGGCUUGUGUGCGUUCCAAUCGGAUGGCUCAAUAUGCGAAAUUAGUCGCUGCACAACGGCUUAAGACACCCGAAACCGUUCAAUGCACGUGUGAUACCUGUGGACGCACUUUCAACUCUCUCCAAAGACUCAAGAUCCAUCGACGGAUCCACGAGGGCAAAGGCUCUUUAUGUAAGGAAUGUGGCUUUUGGGCCUCUCAUCCCUCAGUACUCAAGUGUCAUAUGCAGAAACAUGAGCGCGAAAAGGGCCUGGUCAGUGAACUCAUUUGUCCGCAUUGUGCCCGGGUUUGUUUGGGUCCGGGUCAAUACAAGACCCACUUGGAAAGCCGUCACCAGCCUUUCCAAUGCUCGCAAUGUCCAGAGGUCUUCCUCGGCAAGCGCUUGCUCAACAUCCAUAGUUCGGCGAUUCAUGGAGCCAAUCGUUGUGAUACUUGUGCCAUGUGCUUUACCUCGAUUGGCAUUCUUCGAAGACACAGGUUGACUCAUUCAGAGCCUUCGUUCCAAUGUCGAUUCUGUCCAAAGAUGUUCAAAGCUGAACGUUGCCUAGUCAACCAUGAACGAAUUCACACCGGAGAAACGCCCUACGAAUGUACACUUUGUGAUUACAAGACCAAAACUUCUGCCGCUCUGAGUCUGCAUAAAAAGAUCAAGCACAACGGAGGACGCAGAUUGAGGACAACGGAUGACGAAUGACAUGGGUAGUGCGAAUUAGUUUUGAAAUCUUUAUUCAAACAAAUUUAAUCGAUUCUCAAGAAAUAUUCGGAAAUAAUUGGAAAGAGACAUCCUUUGAAGAAGUGUCCUGAGUUUCGCAGUUGAGAGGAAAUUCAACGGCUUCUCGGUAUCUAAGGCACUUUUGAAUAAGGCUAAGCAACGAGCAAAGUGAAAAGUAAUCAAAUCAUUACUUCUUUAUCCUUUUUGCCAUGAACUUUUUGUACGUUCAGUAGUUUUACUUGUCGACAAACCAAUCCACACUCAACCUACACUUCACAAAAAACCAAGCAUUUAAAAGAUAAUUUGAAAGAAUUGCGUCGGUUUGGAAACAAAAUUCAGAAAAAUGGAAAGAGGAUAAAGAUAAAUACUCUUUAAAAGCAAAGAGUGCAUGCCUUUUUUAUAGUGACCGUUUAAGGCACGUGUUAUCCGUUCUGCUAUUACAUUCUAUGCCGCAUGUAAAAGAAAAUAAAGAAUGCCCAUACAAGUA